AUGUGUCUUUACAGUUACACAAGUCCAAAUUUCAAGCAUGAUAAAAAAUUUGGUAUGCCAACACCAUGGGAUGAGACUGGCAUUUGGGUUGCAAAGGUUAUAAAAUGGAUAAAUAAUGAAGAGAUGUGUGUAGUAACACGAAGGCAAGCUGAGUAUGUUGCACAAACACAGCCCCAGUUAGGAAAAGUACUUCAGCCAAAUCAUGUGCUUGAAACAUGUGUGCCACGAGGCCAUAUAUUUGGUAAAACAGAAGACCGCAUUCUUACUUUGGGUGAUGUAAUGCGGCAGACAGAGCCAAGCCUUGAAAAACAGGAACAAAUGGAUUACUUUGGCUACAUCAAUAAAAUCCGAUUUGUAUUAAAACACCGAGACCCAGAAUUUCCUUUUCAAGAUUUUUAUGAGAAACUGAAAAAUUGUGAUACACAAUUUAAAAAUGUUAUUCCAUUAGAAGAAUUGUAUCAUGUAUGCAAUCAGUAUAGAGUUCCUGUAAAUCAACAUUUACUUGAAGGACUUCUGGCACUGACUAGCAUUUUAAGUGAAAAGAAGCAUGUGUAUUACAGAAAAUUUUUUGAGCUCAUUAAUACAAAUUUUGCCCUUCCAGAAGUGCCCAAGAUAUGUGAUAUUCCACUGGAACAACAGUUAUAUGAAACCACAUAUGCUAGUGCAGCUGCUGACGUGAAAAGAAUUCACACUGCAGAACAAGAGCCUGAAAAGUGUGAGACAGACCUCGGAGAUCAAUGUAGUGGAUCAACUGUAAGAUCUCUCAUCUCUCCAUCAAUAUACAUACUGCAUGGUUUAAACUGUGGAGAUAUGCUGAAGCCAAGAUGCAAACAAGAAAUUUAUGAAAUGUUCCAGAAAACCGGAACAGCACUGGAUGAGGAAAAAUUUGAUGUAUUAUGGACAGAAGCAUGCAAAAUAGAUAAAAAUGAGAAAGUGUGUGUAGAAACAUUCAAAAAUGUACUUAACUCCAAAACUACAAAGAAUUCAUAGAUUACAUUACAACUUUAUUC